AUGGCUGCUCCAAUUUCUACCGUCGCGGAGACCAAGGAACUCCGGGGUCUCAACCUCAUCGCUGCUCAUUCACACAUUCGAGGACUUGGUGUCGAUGCAGACAGUCUACAGCCCAGGGCAUCCUCCCAAGGGCUGGUGGGCCAGGAGAAGGCGAGGAAAGCUGCCGCCGUGAUCCUGCAAAUGGUCAAGGAAGGCAAGAUUGCCGGUCGCGCGUUGCUGAUUGCUGGCCCUCCCAGCACUGGUAAAACAGCCAUCGCCAUGGGUAUGGCGCAAUCCCUCGGAUCCGAUGUCCCCUUCACAAUGCUUGCAGCGUCAGAGAUCUUCUCCAUGGAGAUGUCCAAGACCGAGGCGCUCACGCAAGCCUUCCGCAAAUCGAUUGGCGUUCGUAUCAAGGAGGAGAGUGAGAUCAUCGAGGGUGAAGUGGUUGAAAUUCAGAUUGACCGCAGUGUUACUGGUGGAAACAAACAAGGCAAGCUCACCAUCAAGACGACCGACAUGGAAACGAUCUACGACAUGGGAACAAAGAUGAUCGACUCAAUGACCAAAGAACGAGUGAUGGCCGGUGACAUUAUCUCCAUUGACAAAUCUUCGGGCAAGAUUACCAAGCUGGGACGUUCUUACGCUCGGUCGCGCGACUAUGAUGCGAUGGGAGCUGACACAAAGUUUGUCCAAUGCCCCGAGGGUGAACUCCAGGUUCGCAAGGAAAUCGUGCACACCGUUAGCCUUCACGAGAUCGAUGUGAUCAACUCGCGGUCACAAGGAUUCUUGGCUCUCUUCUCUGGAGAUACCGGUGAGAUCAGGAGUGAAGUGAGGGAUCAGAUUAACACCAAGGUGGCGGAGUGGAAGGAAGAAGGAAAAGCCGAGAUCAUUCCGGGAGUUCUCUUCAUUGAUGAAGUGCACAUGCUUGACAUUGAAUGCUUCUCUUACAUCAACCGCGCUCUGGAGGCGGAACUGGCACCUAUCGUCAUCAUGGCUAGCAACCGGGGCCACGCCCGGAUUCGUGGUACGACAUACAGCUCCCCGCACGGCCUGCCCCUUGAUUUCCUCGACCGCGUGGUGAUUGUCAGCACACAGCCCUACUCUGCCGAUGAGAUUAGGCAGAUUCUGGCGAUUCGCGCUCAAGAGGAAGAGAUCGACCUUUCUCCGGACGCUCUGGCGUUGCUCACCAAGAUCGGCCAGGAGUCGAAUCUACGCUAUGCCAGCAAUAUCAUCACCACCUCUCACCUGCUCAGCCAGAAGCGCAAGGCGAAGGAGGUUAGCAUUGAUGACGUCCAGCGCAGUUACCGGUUGUUCUACGACCCUGCACGGAGUGUUAAGUUCGUCAGCACAUACGAACAGCGUUUCAUCGGCGAUCAAGGUGCCGUCAGCUUCAUUGCUCCUACGAACGGUGAUGCGAUGGAGCUUUCAUAG